CUUGUUCCGAGACUAGUUGUCAUCUACCUCAGCUUUUCCGUUAAUCGCGAAUCGAGUACCAAAGAGAAUCUCGUCGGGUCGUUUCGACGAGAGAACGGCAGUGAAAUAAAUGUGAUCGUUCUAUAAAUGGGAAGUGCCGACAAAAUAAUACAUAGAAAUACAUUGAAGUGUUAAGUAAGUGUGUUAUAUUAAAAAUAAGUGAAAAAAAAAGAAGAAGAAGAAAUCAAAAUGACGGAAGCGAAGCCAUCGGGAAUAAGACCACCUUCGAAAAUUGGCAGACCAUGUUGCACUAUACCACCGAGACCAGCUAUUCCUCCACCAUCUCCGAAAGCAUCAUCAGGCAACAGUAUGGAUCAUCUCUGGGAAACGCAUGGUCGUAAAUUAAGUGAAGCUGGAUUGCGCAGAGGAUCAGAUACUAGUGUCGUAUUGACGGAGGACACGGACAGCUUCAUAAUAGGAGAUCGAGUAUGGGUUGGUGGGACGAAGCCUGGUUCAAUAGCUUACAUCGGCGAAACACAAUUUGCUCCAGGAGAUUGGGCUGGCGUAGUACUCGACGAGCCCAUAGGAAAGAACGACGGGUCUGUAGCUGGCUGUCGAUAUUUCCAAUGCGAACCUAAACGUGGAAUUUUCUCACGCUUAACGAGAUUGACCAGACAACCUCUACCAGAAGCAUCGUCUCCGAUUCAAAGAACUCCUACAACACCACCGGAUAGUACAAGGGGAUGCUUAAUCAAGUCCGUUUCACCCUCAUUGAACGCAUCGACUACCAGCCUCUCGUCAACGGUCUCGCAAAGGGAUUUGAAAAUAGGUGAAAGGGUCAUUGUAUCCUCCAGUCAGGGAAGCAAAACAGGAGUACUACGUUAUAUGGGAGCAACGGAGUUUGCACCUGGGGAAUGGUGUGGAGUCGAAUUGGAUGAUCCUCUUGGGAAAAACGAUGGUUCUGUCGGUGAUAAAAGGUACUUCGAAUGUCGACCAAAAUACGGCCUGUUUGCGCCAGCUCACAAGGUCAGUAGGUCACCCUCGAGCAAAAGAACAUCCUGCGUGAUUCACAAGCCGUCUGGUGCUGCUCUUAACUCGACCUUGAAGAGGACAAAUUCUCGAGAAUCAUUAGUCUCGAUUUCCAGUGUUAACAGCAGUAUAGCUGGCUCGAGAAUUGCUACAGGCGCUACGAGGCGGCCUGGUAUGCGCACGUCGACACCUAUUCAAAGUUCAUUGCAGGAAAUGUUAAAGGAGAAACAACAGGAAAUAGAAUUUCUACGAAGGGAACGAGAUUUGGAAAGAGAUCGUGUCACAAAGGCCGCCAAUCAGGCUGAUCAAGCGGAACAAUCUGUAAUUUUAAUGAAACAAGAAUAUGAUAAGUAUCGCGAGGAGAUGCAAAAGACCGUUCUCAAUGCAGAAACGACGCUUAAAAAAUUAUUGGAAGAGAAGAACGCAUUGGCGAUGCAGUUAGAAGAGGAGAGAAGAAAAUGCGAGGACCUACUCUUCCGUUUUGAGGAAGAAUCCGUCAAUAAAGACGAUAUACAAAAAGAGAGAAGUGAUCAAAGUGUAAUAAAUACAGUAAAUGAAAACAGGAUCAAGGCACUUGAGAAACAACUUUCGGAGGAAAGGGAACGUGUUAUACAACUUGAACGCGACAGUACGAAAUUAUUCGAAGCUGAGGAAGAACUUGCUCGUUUACGUAGUAAUGCGAGUAAUCAAGACAAAAAAGAAUUCGAAGAUUUGCGUAAUCACAAUGAAAAUUUGAAGGAAACGAAAGCCGAAUUGGAAAAGCAAGUUAACGAGAAAACCGUUUUAAUAGAGGAAUAUCUCGUCUCUAUGAAAAGUCUUGAAAUCAAAUUGAACGAGAAGGAAAAAGAAUGUGUUUUGAAAGUGGAAGCUGAAAACGAUCUGCAAAAGAACUUGGAACGAGCUAAGGAAGAUCUUCAAGAGAAAUUAAAUUACAUCGAAAACAUGAGAGAAGAAUUUGAAACUAAUACGAGUGCUUUGAAGAAGGAAUUAAACGAGAUGAAGAAAACUAUCGAGGAGGUUAACGAAAGGCACGCGACUGAGAAACAAUCGUUGAUAUCAGAAUAUGAGAAAAUUGUCGAAGAUAAGAACAAGCAAAUAGAAAUGAAAUCGCAACAGUUGGCAACAGAGUCGCAAAAACAUUUGGAAAAUCAGAGCAACGUUUUGGAAAAUUUAAAAGCUGAGAAUAUGAAACGUAUCAACGAGUUAUCCGAAUCGUUUGGUCAACAAUUGAAUGUUAAAGAUACGAAACUUAAGGAGAUAUCUACGCAAUUGAACGAGAAAAUUUCAGAAGCUCAAAAACUCACCAACGAGUUGUCCGAUCAACAGGAUUUGUAUAAUAAAAAGGACAAGGAAUUGACUGAUACAUUGCAAAAACUUGAAGAAUUAAAUUCGCAAUUGAAAGCGGCCGAAGAUAAAAAUGUUUUGCUUUCUGAUCAACUUCGGACUCGGGAACAUGCGGCCGAGGAUACGAAGAAAAUAAUGAAGGAGAAAGAAAAAUUGGAAGAAGACUUGUCUGUGUUAAGAGCUACGGCAACAGAUUCCUCUGCAUAUUUAGAAAAAUUGAACGAAGAAUUGAAAAUAAAAGACAAAGAGCUUAUGGAAAUUCGAGCUUCCAUGACGGCAGAGAUCGGAGAAUUAAAGAAACAAUUUCAAGAAGAAAUCGAAGAGAAAUCCAAAUACAUCGAAGAGAUUAGUUUAGACACGUCGCAGAAAUCAAUGAUAAUAAAUAAAGUAGAGAAGGAAAUUUCUGAAUUGAAAUCAAUCGUCGAAAGCAAAGACGAAGAGAUAAAACAUCUAGUAGAAAAGAAUUCAGAAUUACAGUAUGCUCUUACAUUAUCCGAGCAAACUAAAACGAAUUUGGAAAGUGAACUUCGAGUAUUCGAAUCUAAUAUAGAGAAUUUAAAUCAACAAUUAACAAGGGCUGAAGAGAAGCUAGUAAAUGUAUCUUCCCAGAAAGAGAAAUUGGAAUUGGAUAUAGCAAACUUGAUAAGUAGUUCUGCGAAUUCCUCCGAACAAUUAACGAAAUAUAACGAGGAGUUGCGGGAAAAAGAAAGAGAAAUUGAUAAAUUACAAGAGAAGGUCUAUCAAAGAGAAAAUCAAUUGACAAGCGCGCAAGGAAGAUUAGAAAGUACGGAAGAAGAACUUAAUAAAAAUAUAUCUUCGUUGCAACAAUUACGUUUAGAGACGGAGGAUGUUAAAUCAGAAUUAAUUAAAGAGAAAAGACAGUGCGUUGAAUUAUCCGAGAAGAUAAAAGAACAGGAAUCUAAGGAAAAGGAUCUUCUCGGUGCAAUAGAAACUGCAAAAGCUACGGAAAUAACUUUGAAAGAGAAAUGUAAAACGAUCUCUGAUCUUACCGAACGAUUGAACCAAAUUGAGGAAGAGAAAGUUAUUCUUCGUAAACGGUAUGAAACUGCAGAGGAGUCGUUUAAAAAAGAAUCGUCGAGUCUACGAAAGCAAUUGGAUGAUGUCAAGACAGAAUUGAUUACGUCGCAAGAAGAAAUGAAAGCUUUGCAAAAGGCGAGAGCUGAUCAAAGUGCGAAUCGUUGGUCGAUCGAAGAAUUAACUGAGAAGCUCACCUCGGAAACGGAAGCUCGAUCUAAAAUUGAAUCUUUAAUUUCUGAAAAGGAUUCGAAAAUCAAAUCGUUAGAAAACGUACUUUCAGAUUUACGACGAGAAAAGGAAACUAUAACGUUAAAUAAAGAAACUAUACAUCAAGAUUUCACGAACACAUUGAAUGCUAUGGAAAAUACUAUAACGGAUUUAAAUAAAAAAUUAGUUGUCGCUACUGGAGACAUAGAAACUAAGAGUAACGAAUUGGCUGUUGCACAAGCAGAAGCUGAGCAACGUAAAAUACAAAUCUCGGAGCUCGCAAAGGAAUUAGAUUCCUUCAAAGAUUCUCAAAUACAGUCCAACGAUAAAUUGAAUGGUUUGGAGGAUAAAUUAAAGGAAAAGGAUAAUGAACUUCGUAAAGCUGAUGAAAAUAAAAUUAGUUUAGAAAGUAAUUUAAAACAAUUAGAAAUAGAAUUGAAGAAUGUACAAUCCGAUGUAGUUACUAAGAAUAAUUUACUUACUGAAUUGAAUGAAAAAAUAAGAAAUAUACAGGAUACUAAGGAAGAUUCUAUAAUUCAAUUACAAAAUAAGUUGGAAAAUGAUAUUAAGGCUAAAGAAUCUGUAUUAGAUAUUAGUAAGAAGCGUAAUAAUGAAUUAGAAAAAGAAAAAGAGUCGCUUGAAAAACUUCUUGCAAAACAAACUGCUGAUUUAAAUGCGAAUGAAGUAACUAUAAAUAAUUUAAAGGAACAAUUAAAAACUUUACAAGAUAGGCAAGAACAACAAACGAAAGCUGAAGAUGAUUCUAAGAAAGAAGAAGUUAAAGUUAUGUUGAACGAGAUAGAGGAAAUGCAUAAACAACAAAAAAAUUUAUUAAUUACGAAGGAUUCUCUCGAAAAAUUAAUUAAGGAACAAGAUAGUAAAAUUGAUAUGUUAACAAAUACUAUUAAAAGUAAGGAGAAGGAAGCCGAAAAAAAUACGCAAAAUCUCAUUGAAAAAUUAAAUAUUGUCACGACAGAAGCAGCACAAUUGAAAGAAGUACAAAGUCGUCUGGAGAAGGAAAAUAAACAGAUUACUUCAAAAUUAUCUGAGGCUACGAAUCAAUUGAAAUUAUCACGUGAAAACAUAAAAAAUAAUUUUGAUGCAGCUGGAGGUGAUAUGAAUCAAGAAAUGGAUAAAGACAUUGAUGUGAUAAGAUUAAAAGAAGAAAACGAGACGGUUAAAAGUCAGAUCGAUUUUUUAAAUUCUGUAAUAGUGGAUAUGCAGAGAAAAAAUGAAACUCUCUUGUGUAAAAUAGAAGUUUUAGAGAUGGGUGUACCCGCAAAUGAAGCAGACGAUUACAAUCGGAGUACAUUAGAAAAACGAAAUAAAGCACCUCGUAUGUUCUGUGAUAUUUGCGAUCAAUUUGAUUUACACGAGACAGAGGAUUGCCCGCGUCAAGCACAAGAUUUUUCAGAACCUGAAAAGAUUAUAAAAUCUCCGAAGAAACCAUCUUUGGAGAGACCGUACUGUGAGAAUUGCGAAACCUUUGGACACGACACACGUGAUUGCGAUGAUACAGAAACAUAUUAACGUCAUAUUGUUAUCUGUAGUUCUAUUUACAAUGCUUGCCAGAAAUCCUAAUUAUAAAGAAAUUUGUUGAAGUUUGCAGAGUAUAUUUUUGUAUCGGAGAAGUACAAUCAGGUCCUAAUGUGAGCAUGUCUUCCUUCGUAGGGUAAAUAUUUCUGCACAAGUCGAUGCAUUCGAAAAAAAAAAAAAAAGAAA